UGGACCAUCGAAUGGGGUUUCAUUCAACAGACGUUGUUUUGCUUGACCAUGGUGUACAUGAAGAUACAAGCCUCUGCUCAUUAAUUGAAAACCAUCUCCAGCCUAGCCCCUGGAAUCAUCCUCUAAGGCGGUUCUGUGAAGAGCGGCUCGAUUGCCUCAAGUUUUUCAUUCGAAAAUACCCCAAGGGGAAGUCACCUUUUCGGGAGUUCGACAUAAAUGCCCCAACACGGCAACAAUUAGACAAUACGGUUGUUAUAGAGUAUCCGGUGAUCCAUGUAUUUCUUCCUAUGGAACACUAUGAUUUUGAAGUUAUCAGAGAGAACCUUCCUGUCACUCAUAGGACAGAGGGAAAAGAUUCUAGCAUUGCUGAUAAUGAAAUACAAAAAGGUGUUACCUUCAGGGAGGAGGAAAUAAAAGAGAAUGGUAGCUCUUUAGAGACUUGGGUCUUGGAUCUUAUGAAGCAUGGGAAUCAAAUCCUUCUCAAAACGAGUCUGAGAAAGCAUUCGGUAACUUAGUUUUGUCUUUGUCGACUAGAGCUGGGGCAGGGAAUAAGGUGCAAUCCACCUCCCUGGCU